CUGACACACCGGACAACUUUAGACCCAGUUUCCACACAACCAGUCAGUCUCCUCUGCACUUCAGACCCCCCCUUACACCACCAGUGACAAUAAUGGCAAACUCUGAGGGCGCUAAGCUAUGGGGCGGUCGCUUCGUGGGCGCCAUCGACCCGAUCAUGGAGAAGUUUAACGCCUCCAUCGACUACGACAAGCGCAUGUGGGCGGCCGACAUCCAGGGCAGCCAGGCCUACGUCAAGACCCUGGAGAAGGCCGGGCUGGUCACCGCACCCGAGAUGGUCCAGAUUCUGAAAGGUUUGGACCAGAUUUAUGAGGAGUGGGCCCGCGGAACGUUCCAGAUCAAAGCCGGUGACGAGGACAUCCACACAGCCAACGAGCGGCGACUCAAGGAGCUGAUUGGGGAGGCGGGGAAACUCCACACAGGACGAAGCAGGAACGAUCAGGUUGCGACUGACAUGCGGAUUUGGCUGCGGAGUGGGGUGGACACUCUGACCGGCCACCUGGUGCAGCUGGUCAGGACCAUGGUGGAGAGAGCUGCCUCGGAGAUCGAUGUGCUGUUCCCUGGAUACACUCACAUGCAGAGAGCUCAGCCCAUUCGAUGGAGUCACUGGAUCCUAAGCCACGCGGUUGCUCUGCGCCGAGAUGCCGAGAGACUGGAUGAAAUCAAGAGUCGGGUCAAUGUGCUGCCCUUGGGGAGCGGUGCCAUUGCUGGGAACCCCUUUAAGAUCGACAGAGAAUUCCUGUGUCGAGAGCUGCAGUUCGCCUCUAUCAGUCUGAACAGUAUGGACGCAACAAGCGAUCGAGACUUUGUGGCUGAGUUCCUGUUCUGGUGCUCUCUCUGCCUCACCCACCUGAGCAAAGUGGCUGAAGACCUGAUCAUUUACAGCAGCAAAGAGUUUGGAUUUGUCAUUCUGUCCGACGCCUACAGCACGGGAAGCAGUCUGAUGCCUCAGAAAAAGAAUCCGGACAGUUUGGAACUGAUUCGCAGCAAAGCUGGCCGUGUUUUUGGCCGGUGCUCGGGAUUCCUGAUGAACCUGAAGGGUUUGCCCAGCACCUACAACAAGGACCUGCAGGAAGACAAGGAAGCCAUGUUCGACAGUUUUGACACGAUGACCGCAGUACUGCAAGUGGCUACUGGGGUGAUCUCCACACUACAGAUCAACGAAGCAAACAUGAGGGCGGCCCUGAGCCCGGACAUGCUGGCCACCGACCUCGCCUACUACCUAGUCCGCAAGAAGAUGCCGUUCAGAGAUGCUCACAGUGCCUCGGGGAGAGUGGUUCAUUUGGCCGAAACCAAGGGAGUGGCUGUCAAUGAGCUGUCACUGGAGGAGCUCAAAACUGUGAGUUCGCUGUUUGAGAGCGACGUGUCGCAGGUGUGGGAUUACACGCACAGCGUGGAGCAGUACCAAGCCACAGGGGGGACGGCCUGUGAUAGCGUCUUACACCAGGUCCAGCAACUCCGGGAGUGGAUGGAGAGGAGGCAGAGCGUCUGAACCACUUCCCAACCUCUCCGUCACCCCUGACUGACGAGGCGGGGGGGUGAUGGGGAGAGGAUACAGCUCCUGUUUGGCCCCUGUAUUUUGUUGGAAGCUGCUGGGGCGGCAGCGAGGUAGUGAGGGGGUGGGUGGGAGGAGUGGGGAGUGAGGGAGAGAAUGGGUGGGCUGUUUUUCUGAGACUCUUUCCCCACCACCGCGCCCCCCCCCACCACCCCCAGGGGAGGUUGCAUUAUGUAAUAAAGCUCUCGUUCUCUGCAGCUUUGCAGACUUGAUGUGAAGGGUUAAGGACCUGUGUGUGAGACUGGUUACAGGGACUUUGAAUACAGACCAUUUUCAUC